AUGCAAGCUAUCAAGUGUGUCGUUGUUGGUGAUGGAGCUGUUGGUAAGACAUGUUUACUCAUAAGUUAUACUACCAAUGCCUUUCCUGGUGAGUAUAUACCAACUGUCUUCGAUAAUUAUUCAGCGAAUGUAAUGGUCGAUGGAAAACCCAUUAAUUUGGGACUAUGGGAUACUGCUGGACAAGAAGAUUACGAUAGAUUACGACCAUUAUCUUAUCCACAAACUGAUGUGUUUUUAAUAUGCUUUUCGCUUGUCAAUCCAGCGAGUUUUGAAAACGUUAGAGCUAAAUGGUAUCCUGAAGUACGUCAUCACUGUCCUAACACUCCAAUCAUUCUUGUGGGGACUAAGUUAGAUUUACGUGAAGAUAAAGAAACUAUUGAGCGACUCAAAGAUAAAAAAUUAGCUCCUAUUACUUAUCCUCAAGGAUUAGCAAUGGCUAAAGAAAUUGGUGCAGUGAAAUAUCUUGAAUGCUCGGCAUUAACGCAAAAAGGAUUAAAAACUGUUUUUGAUGAAGCGAUACGUGCAGUAUUGUGUCCAGUUCCACAGGUAAAACCCAAACAUAAAUGUUGUCUCCUAUAA